AUGACCACGAGCCCGCCCCUCAGCCAUAGCUGCGGCAGUGACCUGGUCGACGACACAGAUAUGGAGCAGGACUUGGCGGAAAUGCUUGAGUUGCCGUUGAAGACGCGCUGCUUGUCAAACAACUUUGCAGAGCUCCUAGACUACAAGAAGUCGCGAGUUAGCGAGGGCGAGGGAGCCGAGCGACGGAACGUUGAGGAGCUGUUGCAGGAUGCGUCGCGGCUGAACGACCUCGUGGGGCAAGGUAUGGCGGCGGGGGCUGUGGCACGCGGCUGGGGCAGCCGCGACAGCUGUGCGAGCCAGACGAAUUACAGUGCCGCCGCAACAGCCGCAUCGACCACGUGCGGCUCGAUCACCCACUUCCGCUUGAGCGAAAGCGACUCAGACGAAGAUCUGCCCUUUGACGAACACCUCAAACGCGUGAUAUCCCGCCGGCUCGCCAUGCGGCAGUGGCACCGCGAAGAUGGGCGGCUAGAUAUGCUGUCUGAAUCAGAGUUCGACACAGUGUCAAACUCGCCGACGGCGUCCUCCGCGUCGCCGCGCGCAGCCAAGGGAACCUACAGGGGGAAGAACAGUGCACUAUUGACGCCGCAGGAAAAUAAGGACAAUGGCUGCGCACCGGGCGCCCAGCACAUGACUGCAGAGGAAGCGCUACAGCAGUUCAAGGACGACAUAUGCAUUGUGGUGCACCUCUCACAGGGCUCCAUGGCUGCUACAACUGAUAGAAACCCGUUUGAAAUGAAGGCGCCUGCUUCUGUCACGUAUACGCAGUACCUAGACCGCAUCAACGCCAAAUGCAUGUUUGCGCCCAUAGUCUACCAGACCGCGGGCUGCUUGUUACUCCGCCUCACGCUAAAAUGGCCUCCUUCGGAAACCGGUCCGGUGCAGAUCCGCUGGCCCAUCGCCGAGAGCUAUGUGCAUCGCCUCAUAGUGGCCUUGAUACGUGUCUCAACCAAGAUUGUGGAAGACACCGUGCACUCCCACGAGUAUUUCAGCAAGGUCUGCGGCAUAUCGAAGAAGCUCUUGAUGCGCCUCGAGCUAGCCCUCAUACUCGUCCUCCGCGGCGAGGGUUUGAUGGUCACGGCUGCAGCUCUAAACGCUGCCUCAAACGCACGUGCUCGGCUUCGCGAGCAGUCUGCGCUGCCAGCCGCUGCUGCUCAGUGA